AUGUCUGGAUACCCCGGCCAGGGCCACUACGGCGCUGCCAACCACCGGCCCGGCGGCGGCGGCUUCGCCAACGGCGGCCCCGGCUUCGGCUACGGUUACGGCAACUACGGCGCCGGUCCCAACGGUCCGCCUGGCCCUCCUCCUCCGCAGUACGGCGGCCCCGGCUACAACAACUACGGCCCUCCGCAGAACAACUACGGUCCUCCUCAGGGCAACUAUGGUCCUCCCCAGGGCCAGUAUGGACCCCCGCAGGGCGGCCCGCCGCCGCAGUAUGGCAAUCACGGUCCUCCUCCCCCCGGACCGCGUCCCAACUGGGGGCCCGGUGGCAGUCCUGGCGCGUAUAACCAGCACCCGCCGCCGCCGCAGCCGCCGCCUCCCGGUCUGGACGCCUACGGCUACCCGAUGCAGGGCGGCCAGUACGGCUACCACGCCAAGGCCGGCCCGCCGCCCUCGACGGCGCCGCAGCAGUUCGGCCACGGUGCGCCCCAAGGCUACACGUUCCAGUACUCCAACUGCACGGGUAAGCGCAAGGCGCUGCUCAUCGGCAUCAACUACUUUGGCCAGCAGGGUCAGCUGCGCGGCUGCAUCAACGACGUCCACAACGUGUCCAACUUCCUCUGCGAAAACUACAACUACAAGCGCGAGGACAUGGUCAUCCUGACCGACGACGCGCAAAACCCCGUCAUGCAGCCCACCAAGGCCAACAUCAUUCGCGCCAUGGAGUGGCUCGUCAAGGGCGCCCAGCCCAACGACGCCCUGUUCCUGCACUACUCUGGCCACGGCGGGCAGACCGAGGACCUCGACGGCGACGAAGACGACGGCUACGACGAGGUCAUCUACCCCGUCGACUUCAAGCAGGCCGGCCACAUCGUCGACGACGAGAUUCACUUCCGCGUCGUCAAGCCUUUGCAGGCCGGCGUGCGGCUGACGGCUAUUUUCGACUCUUGCCACUCGGCCACCGUCAUGGACCUGCCGUACGUCUACUCCACCAAGGGCGUCCUCAAGGAGCCCAACCUGGCCAAGGAAGCCGGCCAGGGCCUGCUCGGCGCCCUGGGGUCCUAUGCGCGCGGCGAUCUCGGUGGCGUCGCGAGCUCCAUCUUCAGCUUCGCCAAGACGGCCUACAAGGGCGACGACGCGUACAACAAGACCAAGGACACCCGAACGUCGCCCGCCGACGUCAUCAUGUGGUCCGGCAGCAAGGACGACCAGACAUCGGCCGAUGCCACCAUUGCCUCGCAGGCCACGGGCGCCAUGUCCUGGGCCUUCAUCACGGCGCUCAAGCAGAACCCCAAGCAGAGCUACGUGGAGCUCCUCAACAGCAUCCGCGACGUGUUGGCGACAAAGUACACGCAGAAGCCGCAGCUGUCGUGCAGCCAUCCCUUGGACACGAACCUGUUGUUCGUGAUGUAG